AUGCGUACCGACGCAAACCCCGGCCUGUCUGGGGUCGUAUACCACUAUCUUGCGCUGCCCUAUAUACCACCUCAAGACAAGACUUUCAAGGAACAUCCCGACAUGCUAUUGUCAGAAAUAUCCUGUCGUUCUGAUCCCAUAACCACUAAAAUGAUUCUAAAGUCAAUUGAAGCAUUUGACAAGCUUCCGGGCAUUAAGGUGGGCGUGUUCUCCUACUACAUUCGGCAAAUCGUUUUAUCUCAUUUAAUAUUGCCUACUAGGUCAAUGACUGGCAACUACAAACCAGCUUGGCUGGUACGGGUCCAUCCGGGGUACUCUGAUUUAGCAGCGGCCAUUCCAGUCAUGUGUAUAGGUGGUGUCCUAGCAGCAAAAAUUGGCGAUAGCACAGUCACGACCUCAGAACGCGGAUUGUAUCUUAUCCGUUCAGCAUUACGUAGUCCUUCACUUCUAUUGUGUGGACCGAGGAGUGCACCGCGAUAUGCUGCCACGGUAUCGUUGACUCUUGGCUCUACUCUGGUCCCCGUAGUGAUGGUGUACAUGACCGUCGAAUUUCCAGCUGCAAGAGGGAUCUUCUCGCUGUGCUCCGGAGCCGAAUGGGAGACCACGACCUACCUCUGUACAGACCUCGAUUUCCGACUCAAGGAACUGUAA